AUGAUUUUUCUCAUAUUUCUAUCAAUUUCCUUACCUGCAAUAAAAUCCUAUAAUUUUCUGAUAACAAAUCCGAUCUUGGGAUAUAGCCACGUCAAAUUCAAAUCAAACAUCGCUGAUGUUUUGGCGGAUGCUGGACAUAAUGUGGUAAUUUCUUCCGCAAGCUUCCGCGUACACCGCAUUUUUGAUCUCAUGACUUCCAGACGCUCCUUCAAUACUAUCACAAUCCAAUGGAAAAUCUGAAAAAUCUCGUGAAAAAUCCACGUGUCGAAAUCAUCCACUAUUAUCCGGACAACUUUGCGGAACUCCUCGAAAAAUCUCGAAAAAUCGGAACUUUUCCCGAAUUUUGGGCCACCAAAUCGAUGGACAGCCCGUUUUUGAGAUAUUUUACACAGCUGGACAUUAUUCCCGUUUUGUGGAAUAACACAUAUUCGAGUUAGUUUAACUUUUCACUGUUGGGGACUGGGUUACUGUAGUUUAAAAUUCCGAAAUGCAAGUAGUACUGUAUUUGUGAGACGGCAAAAUUUACUGUAUCUCAACUUUCCAAAGUUCAAUGAUUAAGGUUAUUCAAGGAACUGCAAGAGAUACUGUAGAUUCCGGACUGCAAAGGGUACUGUACCUCAAGAUAAUUAAACUACAAAGGUUACUGUAUCUUUUACUGUAAGGGGUACUGUACCUCGUAACGAUUCAUAUGAACUGCAAGUAUUACUGUACUCCAAAGUUUUAAGAAACUGCAAAGGGUACUGUAUUGUCAAGAAUUGCAAGAAGUUCUGUAUUUGAAGGACUGCAAAUUUUCCAAAGUUUAAGGCAAUUCAAAGAACUGUAAGAGGUACUGUAGCUUCCGGACUGCAAGCGGUACUGUACCUCCUAAGAUCAAGCAUUUCAGGGCUACUGUAAUUAAAAAUUUCAAACCACAAUUUUUCCAGAACUUCUGCGCGACACCAAAUUUCUGAAAACUUUGGAAGACCGAAAUUUUGAUGCGGUUCUGGCUGAAACUUUUGAAAUCGGUGGAUUUUGUGAGUUUUCUUUUUUUCAGCGUACUUAACCCGCAAAAAAUAAAUUUCCAGACAUUGCUCAUCUUAUAAACGCGCGCUCCGUCAUUGCAAUAAUGUCAUCAGUCAAAUAUCCGUACACCGAACAACUCUUCGGCCAACCGGCCACUUUGGGAUAUAUUCCAGGAGAAUUUUCGAAGUUUGGAAAAGAAGCGACGGUUUGGGAUAGAUUGAAUGAUAUUUAUCACGAGUUUUUUUCGGUGCUUUUUCACAAAUCGAUUUCGGAUCGGCAACAUCAAUUAUAUCGAGAUAUUCUUGGGAAAACUAUUAGAAAUUUGCCUGAUUGGCAAGAUCUUGUGAGAAAAUCAACAUACUUUUUUGUGAAUUCAAAUCCUUUUUUGGAUUUUUCGGUGCCGAAAACACCCAAUAUUAUUGCUAUUGGUGGAUUUGGAUUCGAUGCUACCCGAACUCAGAAAAUAUUGCCCGAAGAAUAUCAAAAAAUAAUGGGAGAACAUACCGUGCUGAUUUGCUUCGGUUCAGUUCUUCAAUCUUCCGAAAUGCCUGAUGACUUUAAAAUGGGAUUUAUCCAACUUUUCAAAGCUUUUCCGAAUAUCACUUUCAUUUGGAAAUAUGAGCAACAAGAAGAUGAAUUUAUACGGAAAAAUCGAUUGGGGCCAAAUGUUCACUUGAGAAGUUGGAUUCCUCAAUCGAUAUUGUUGAGGAAUGAGAGGGUGAAGUUAUUUAUAACUCAUGGGGGAUUGGCAAGCACUAUGGAAGUUGCGUAUUCAGGAAAACCUGCGCUUGUGGUGAGCUUCUUCUAGAGCUUCUCAAGACCUUUGAAAAGAUUUUUUGAUCUUGAAAUAAGGUGGACUAGAAGCUGAGUUAUGAUUUUUUGAAAAAAAAACGCGUACUAGAAUUUGUUUCCUCAAAAAUCUACAAAUCCCCAUUUUCCCACAGAUUCCUCUGAUCAACGAUCAAUUCCACAAUGGAAUGAUGUUAUCAAGACAUGGUGGAGCAAUUACUUAUAAUAAAUAUGACCUGGCAGAUCCGGUGAAACUUAUCGAAACAGUUAGGCGGAUUCUGGAGACACCCAGGUUUGUGAACAAUCUUGCCACGUCAUAG